AUGUCUGCCAAGCCCACGUCCUCGGUGUCCAUCUCCCCGGACAACCGCAGCACCUGCUACUUCUCCGGCCGCAAGAUCUGCAAAGCAGGCGAUCCACGCAUCUCCUACUACAUGCGCAGUGAAUGGACGGAUGGCUUCCAGCGCCGGUUCGUGCAUGUUGGCAAGGGCCACCUGAACUUCAGUGAGGUGCGCUACAUGAAGCUGAUGCGCCACAAGGACCUGACCAAGGCCACCAAGGCCGUGACCAUGUCCCCUGCCGAGGUGAAGUUCAACGACGCCGUGUGGGAGGCCAAGGACAUGCUGGACGCCUACAAGAACAUCAUCCCCGCCAUGGAGGAGGCCCUGAAGAAGAACGACUACUACAUCCCCAAGAAGCGGCCUGAUCUCGUCACGCACCUGUUUGCGGACGCCCUGCUCAACGGCCGCGGUGCAAAGUGCCCCGCAUGCAGCAACCGCUCCCUCCUCUACUGGGGCGAGGAGUACGAAUGCUGCGGGUACAUCUCUGCGGUGACGCCGUGCCCGUACAAGACCAAGGACGCCCUCAAGCGCGAGAAGUUCACCCUCCCCGUCGAUUGCGCAGAGAUCGAAGACAUUGCUGAGCUCAAGAAGUCUGCCCUCGUCGAGGAAGAGGGCCACCCCGACGGCCCGGGCUUUGACCCGCGCGUCCCGAGCGAGGACGAGGACGACGACGACGUGCCGCCCAAUAUGGAGCUCAAGGGGAUGACCUUCAAGCUCAUCGGAACCUUCUCCACGCCGCGCAAGGAGCUUGAGGCGACAAUUGCUGAGCACGGCGGCGCGGUGUCGAACAAGAGUGCCGAGAUCACGCACAUCAUUGCCGGCGAGAAGGAGAUUGCAAAGCCAAAGACAAAGCGCACAAAGGCCUACAAGCAGGCUGCCGCCACGGGCGUGCCCAUCAUGAAGGAGGAGUUCAUCACGGACCUCUGUGGCCGUUCGGGACCCGGACUGAAGCUCCGCCAGCGCAAACACCACAAGAAGUAUCGGGUGGAUGGAAAGCCUGGCGACAAGAUCCCGCCAGUCAAGGCGAUUCUCGAGAAGGAAAAGAAAGACGAGGGAGGCGACGACGACGAUGAUGAUGACGACGAUGAGAACCCGCGCAAGAGAGCAAAGGGGCCCAAGCGGCCGCCGAUCACGCCCGGGUCGCAGCUGCUACAAGUGGAUCAGUUUGCGCGGAUGAAGGACGCGAACAUCUACGUGGACGACGACAACCUCGCGUACAACGUCAUGCUCAACAAGGCCGACAUCUCCACGGGCGUCAACAAGUUUUACAUCAUCCAGCUGAUCCAGCAGGGCGCCGGCUUUGUGAUGUUCUGCCGCUGGGGCCGCGUUGGCGACAACUCGGGCAUCAUGUCUGGAUACAACUACUGGGGCAGAGGCAAGCCGUCGUACAUGAGCCGCCGUUUCAAGUCGGUCGACAAGGCCACCCAGGGGUUUGCGGAGAAGUUUGAGAAGCAAACCGGGUGGCCGUGGGCGGACGUGGACAACUUCCAGCACCAGCCCGGCCGCUACAACAUGGUGGAGCUCGAGGGCCAGAUGAGCGUCGAGGAUGCGCAGGCCAAGGUGGAGGAGGCGACAAAGACGGCCAAGUCCGCCAGCAAGCAGCCGGGCAGCGUGCCCAAGGACCUCACGUCCAAGCUCGCCCCCGAGGUGCAAGACUUUGUGAAGCUCAUCUUUGACAAGGACAUGAUGCGACGGUCGAUGGCCGACGCCAACAUUGAUCUCAGCAAGAUGCCGCUCGGCUCCCUCAGCCAGCGCCAGAUGAAGCAGAUUCUUGACAUUCUCAACGGCACGCGGACGGUCCUGGACGAGAAGCACAAGUCGACGCUGCUGUUGGACGCGACCAACCGCUUCUACACCGCAAUCCCUCACCAGUUCCCCACAUUCCGCGCCCCGCCCGUCAUCAGCACGAUGGAGAUGCUGAAGCGGAAGUUGGACCUGAUGGAGCAGCUGCUUGAGAUCCAGCACGCCAACAAGCUCAUCAAGGAGGGCGAGGAAGAGGUGGGCGUGAACCGCGUGGACGCAAACUACUCGAAGCUCAAGUGCGAUUUGCAGCCGGUGGACCAGUCGUCCGAUGAAAUGGAGAUGUUGCGCAAGUACGUGCGCAACACGCACGCCAAGACGCACAGCCAGUACAAGCUGGAGGUGGAGUCCGCCUUCAAGGUGAAGAAGGAGGGCGAGGAGGACAAGUACAAGCCGUUUGCCGAGUACGACAACCGCCGCCUUCUCUGGCACGGUUCUCGCCUUACCAACUGGGUCGGCAUCCUCUCCCAAGGCCUUCGCAUCGCUCCUCCAGAGGCCCCCGUCACGGGUUACGUGCGCGUGUACUUUGCGUCCAUGGUAUCCAAGAGCGCCAACUACUGCUUCCCGAGCCGCAGCGACUCAACAGGCGUUCUCCUCCUCUGCGAAGUCGCUCUUGGCGACAUGUACGAGAGGCUCCAUUCCGAAUACACGGCUGCGGAGAGCUGCCAAGCCGCCGGGAAGGACAGCACGUGGGGCAUCGGCAAGACCACCCCAGACCCCAAGGAAACAAUUGAGCUUGAUGACGGCGUUUCUGUUCCGCUCGGCAAAGGCGUGUCCAACCCAAAGGCCAAGGGCGGCGCCCUUCUCUACGACGAGUUCAUCGUGUACAACACGGCCCAGAUCAAGAUGCGCUAUGUCAUCAAGAUGAAGUUCAAGUACUGAACGAGCAACCCCGCAUUGUUAGAGCCAUGCCACACACGCUCAUGUUGCCCUCCCCCCAUAUGCCACCACCACUGUUCGCGUUGCUUUUCUCCCUCCUUGCACGUGUUUGGUGCUCACAACCGACACACAUUCAUGCACGUAUGCGUUGACCAUUGCUUCUUUCGUUUGUCCACCUCCCUCUCUCCUUUUCACUGAACACCCCACUCCCCCCCCCCAACCCGCUGGUUUCCCUGGUCCAAAUUGUCAGGAGCACAACAUGGCCCGUAUUGGG